AUGUCGAGAAGCAGCUUUGUCUUCACAUCCACGGCCUUGCAUUCUCUUGAACUUGACAAGGACAUGCUAGACAGAUACAAGUACAGCAGGCAACUUGCCUCCCAUAAUCUAAGUAGCUAUGUGCUAAAGAGGGAGGCCAACAACAGGGCGCUGCUGAGGUCCCUGCCACCAGCUGUCUGCCAUGAUGUGGUCAUCCACAAUGCUUUGUAUACAGGAAACCUGGAGGCUAUGCAGCACUUUUUUCCUAGAGGAUCCACGGCAAACCUCAUCAUUGAGCCACAGGGAGGGGAAAUGCGCUGGGCUGCCCAAGGGGAAGGACUCUGGUCACUGACUUAUGAACAGGAGCUGACGACACCGCUUCACAUCACAGCUGGUCGAGGUUUCACGGACUGCCUGAGGCUCCUGCUGCAACGUGGAGCAGAUGUUGACCUAGCACCUGGUGGCACCACUGCACUGCAUGAGGCCUGUGAAAGCUGCCAGCCAGAAUGUACCAAACUGCUGCUGAUGCACGGUGCCAAUGCCAAUGCUGUCUCAGAAGAUGGCCUUAUGCCUUUGCAUGUUUGUACAAGCCCUGAAUCCCUUGAAUGUGCCAAGUAUCUCCUUCAGUACGGUGCUGCAAUCAAUGGCUGCACUGUAGAUGAAGAUGAUACUCCACUACAUGUGGCAGCCAGGAAUGGCCUCCCAGACCACACUGAGCUCUACCUGCGCUAUGGAGCUACUGUGGACAAACAGAACAAUGAGGGUUUCACACCCCUGAAUUCUGCUUGUUCACAACCCCAGGAGGCACAGGACCUCCACCGUUAUUUCAAGGUGUGUCAGACACUGAUAGGGGCAGGGGCCAACGUCCACACUACGGACCAGGACAAACACACUCCUUUGCACAUGGCCUGUAAGACUGCAAAUCCAGACAUCGUGGAUUUGUUGCUGGCUUGUGGUGCCUGUGUUAACACCAUGAACUACGGAGGUGAAGCUCCAAUGCACAACAUCCUGAGGAUGGUGUCCUACAAGGUCUCCCAUAGUCCUGAAAGGAUUGUGCGUGCUCUGCUCAACCAUGGCUCUAUUCGGGUGUGGCCUGGUGCCCUUCCAAAGGUUUUGAAGCACUGCUCCAAAUCUCCACGCACCAUUGAGGUUGUCCUGAAUGCCUACAGCCACCUCAAAGUCACAGACACCUGGGUUGAGUCUGUGUCUGAAGAGGCGUUUAAGGAGCACAAAGAAUUUUAUGAGUCAAUCUUCUCCUUGGCAAUGACUCCUCGCUCCCUGCAACACUUGGCUCGCUGCAGACUCAGGAACUUCUUGGAAGGCAGGGUAAACAAAGUGGUCCCAAAGCUUGAUCUGCCCAACUUCAUCAAGAAGUACCUUCUCCUGGAUUUCAGAGGAUACAUUCACUAAAAGUACUUUGUGCCGUCUUGGUGUGAAUAUUUAUACCAAAUAUUGAUGGUGAUAAACUGUAACAAUGUGAAUCAGAACACAGAAUAUUUUAGGCUUUUCAGGAGGAAGAAGCAGAUUUGUUUUCUGUCACGUUUUGAUCAAUGCCUCAGCGCA